GCUGGUACCUGUCAAAUCUCCUCGGUGUUUCGCUGAAAUGCCGGUUGGGCUUUAGCCUCACAGCGUUACAGAGAGACAGACAGACAGACAGACCCACGGCACUGUCCGCGCUUUUCACCCGCCAAAUAUAUUUAACGUAGCCAUGCGUUAAAGGACUGAACACCAGCGCACUGACACGUUUUUGUGCUCUUUCGUCCCGGGGGAUUUAUUCUUCUCUACAGCGCUCUGCAUUACAACGGAAUGGGAGCUGAAUGAAUUGAAAGUCGGACGGUGGGUACAGGCUGAUGGACCGGGAACAACGGGAGCCAUAGAAGCCUGCAGUGCCCUGAUAUAGUGCUGAACGCCAGCACUGACCUACAUACCGCAGAGCUUAAUGGACGCGUCUUCAGGACAUCUCUGCUGUAGUAACUGACGCCCUGUUCAACCUUGUAACACAGUAAUAAGUGACCUUCAUUUUUAUUUUGCUGCGGCAGAACUGUCCAUAACAAGGUGAAUGUGCGUAUGACCAUAAUCAUCCAUGCAGACCAUGUCCUAUGCAAAAUAAGGGUACAAAUUAAACAGCAUGAAAAGGAUUCCGUGCUGGAUGUUUGGCUGACCUUUGGUAACGCUCUAGGGUUAAGAGGAAAACAGAUCAAAAAUUAACCAAGCAGGUGGCCCGAGGAUCCUGGAGGAUCCUGGAUACUACACUCUCCCCCUGCCAUUUUCUCUCAGUAUCCUGCCGGACUAUGACAUUACACCAGCUUUGCUCUUUGGAUUAGUCUACAGCUCACGAGGCCCACGGCAAAGCCGGGAUCAAAGGUCAGAAGAAGAGCAGGGCUGAAAGAAGCCUGCAGAUGCCUUAUCUAGUCGUAAGCAAGAUCAUUUAUGGUGAUCAUUAACAUGCUGUGAUCAGCAAUCAAUGAAACAGCCAAGCAAUAAAAAGGGAUGUGCUUUGCAGAGAAAGUCCAAUUCAAGUAGAGAUUCACUUGCGUUGCCGUCAUGCUUCUGAACUGUGGGCAGCCGUUACCUCUUCUGAGGCAUACAGACGUGCCGCCUCGGGUCAUAGAAAACUUCAUCCUGACUGGCUACCGCUUCCCAAACUACAGCCUGAGGGAUUGCUUACUAUCAGCAUUCAGGCCCACCAAUGAAACAGGCAACUUCUGGACACACUUCCUCCCAGUUUUUAUUUUUUCGUACUAUUUUGUGGAGGUGUUUGGUUGGGAAGGUGCGCCACAUAGUGACGCCCCGUUCUUCUAUCCUUUGUGGAACUACUUUAUCGGGGUGUUCUGUCUGUUAAUGGCUAGCAGCAUGGCCCACCUGCUCAACUCGAUGUCUCUGGUGGUAAGAGAAGUCUGCUUCUUUGUGGAUUACGGCACAAUCAGUUCCUACACGGUUGGCUCAUCGUUGGCAUACUACUACUACAUCCACCCUCGGGCAGGGAUAGUGGAGACCGGAGGCCGCAAUGGCUCCCAUGUGGACUUGAAAGAUGAACCUGCAGGAUCUCUUACAUCACCCUAUGCAAUCCCAGAUUUCUGUGUGUUUUUUGAGACCUUCUACAUCCCGUCCGCGUGCGUCGUAGCAAUCAUUUGUGUCUUAUCUUGCUGCAACUCUCGCCAGAGGUGGAGGCGACACCGGUACGUCAUACGAACCUUUGUUUUCCUCCUCCCAUUCCUCGUUUCCUCUACGCCAGUCUUCUACCGCCUCCUCACCAGAUCACCUUACUCCACCACCUCCUCCUCUUUUGCCGCUUCCGCCUCCACGGCCAGCUACUUCUAUCGCCACUGCCUCUGGCUGCUGGUGUCAGCCGUCUUCAACAUCAGCAAGUUCCCCGAGCGGCUAGCCCCGGGUCGCUUCGACAUCUGGGGCCACAGCCACCAGUGGUUCCACUGUUGCACGUUUUUGUCCAUCCUCGACGAACUCCACAUGAUCAAGACUGAGGUGAGGGCAAUCCUGCUCAGCCCGACUCUACUGCUGCCCCCUGCCACCCUCUCUCGCCUACCUGGACCUACCAUAGCUUCCACCUACGGGGUGAUGUUCCUCCUCCAGACCACCAUCGUCUCCAUCAUCGUGUGGUUCUCCUGGCACGCCAACUGCAUCUACGGACCAGAGAGAGAUCAGCUAGUAAAGGAAAACCCUAAGAAACAGAUGAAAUGCCACUAAUCACAAAUACAUCUUUUUUUUAUCAUCUUCAACUGUGAAGGAAGAUUUGCACAUGCAUACAGAGCCAUGCCACAAAGAGAUGCGCACAAGUAAAACAAUAUUGUCCCUCCCGAUUUUCAAGUCCGUAAUAUGUUCCACCCCCUUCAGGAGUGUUUUUCAAGCUCUCAUAAGCGGUAAUCGGGGACAACGUGAGAUGAAAGGAUUAUAUUCUGAGCUCACCACAGGGUGGCUGUCUGGUUGAGUGGAUAUUGAAAGACAUUGCCAGUUCUUUCCCCUGGGCUAUUUCAGAAUGUUCUAACAGGAUGUCUGAGCAGUGGCGAUACCUACCUCUAGGGACUGCACACUUCAGGACACAGGAAAGAUGUUGGUCACCAGGAGAACAUAUUCCAUGUAACGUUUUGGUAAUGUGGCUUAAAUGUCAGUGCGACCAUUUACAGAAGUUGCUGCGUGUGUAGUCUGUUGGCAAGUAGUUCCUCCUGUGGCACUUCCCCUUGCUCUGACCUUAAACAGCGUCUUUUGCAAAGUAGCUGCAUAGGUUGUAGUAGAACCUAUAGUUUCACGUCAAAUGGAUCCUUUUCUGGCCUUUGUUAACCACAUCUUUCUCUUCCUCUGCCUUACACGAACGCUCACAAUGCAGUCUCAUUUCCUCUCUUUCCAAAUGACCCUUGCAGCAGGAAGUGCGGUGGCCUUGACGACACAACAGAAAUAGCUGAGAGCUCGUAUCAGUCUUCCAGUAAAGCACUUUCAGGGGGCCGGUCAAACUCGCCCUGUCAUUAAGAAGCCAUGCUCGCUUAUUAACCUUAAAGGACGCGUAACAUUACUGAGGCACAUAAUGAUGUCCUGCUGACAUGUUCUGUUGGAGUACUUGGGUCAUUUCAAUGUGAAGUGUAUAGUGCAGUGAAUACAUCUGCUAUGUGUAUGGGUUUCAUUACACUGAUGGCUAGUUCCCCAUAGAUUAUGUUCACACUGCUUAAAGUGUGAAAAGCAUAAUGGACUUGCUGCACACGCUGCAUAUGUUAAUACUUACAGCUCAAGUCGAUCAUUCAAAAAAUUUGUUUAAAGGCCUACUUUGUACACAUAGAUGAAAUAAGGACGAUGCAACCAGAGGCUGCCUUUUAAGUUGUAUGAUGUACUGCAACCUCUCCGAGCAAAAGCCAUACUUUGGAAGGGCGAUAGUUGAAAUAUUGGCAAUUCUGUACUGUUGUACUACACCAGGUACUUCCUGGAUAGAUUUGCACUUGACAGAUAGAUCAGGUUAAUAGUUAACCUAGCAGUUUCCCCCUUUAAUGUAUCAUCAUAACAUUCAAUUUGCAGAGCUAAGCAUCUGUUUUUCUGAAAAAUAUAUAUCCGCCAAUCUUUAAAAAAAAACAAAGGCAUGAUAUAGUGCUUAGCGCUGUUCUGAAGGUCCUUCUAUAGUGACAAUUUGAAAGUGUUUUGUGUUAUUUUAGCCUAAAUCAGUGUUACUUUUUUUUAUAUAUAUAUAUAGUUCUAUAGAAUUUUUUUUUCUAAUGUACAAUACAAGAAAAAAGAUGUGUCAUUUUUUGGCUAGCUGGAUAUGAAACAUGAUGUAACUUUGGAAACGGGUUAAACAUGUAUUGAUCGUGCAGUGGAUGACAUAUUUAUUUCAUCCCAAUGAACAGAAAAGUGAUUGAAGAAUCUGGAAAUAUCACAAUCACAAAUACAACAUUUGACGUUGUUAAAGACCUUGUAGGUUUUCAAAAAGAUGAUAGGGUAUAUACUGUAAAUAUAAACGGAUGCUUAGGUCUGUGAGACCCACCCACUGGGUUUACCAUGUACAUUCAAUGCUGACAAUACCAGAGAAACUACCUUUUAUCUUUUUACUCAACUUUCAACUGCAUGAAGCAAUGUUUAGCCUUAUUGCUAGCACGUAUUUCUGUUUUGUAGGAGGAUAUGCUGCCUGCACAAAUGUUGAAAUAACCAUGUAGAUGUCUGCUUUCCUGUCUUGUUCUUUAUAGAAGUCUGCUACCUGACCGGCUUCGUUUUUGUUUUUUUAAAGCUUUGGACACAGCCACGUUUGGAUUUUGGUUGUUUUAAAUCCAAUUUACUGUGCCAAUUGUCCGUGUCUAUGUUUGUAUUGAGUGUUUAGCAGAUGCACAGUGUCCAAAGAGAAUGACCAUCGGGAAGCUAGCGGUCAGUAACGGAUCAGAUUAAGCAAAGGUAUAGCCUUUUGGCCUGUGCAGAACUUUCUGAAAUGUCCCAGCCGAAAAGAAAAUAGGCAUUUUGUGUAACACAUACUUAAUGUUUCUGUGCCGUUCGAAAAAUGGCAUGCUUCAACAACUCCAAAAGCUCCUUCAUUUUUUGCCACCAAGUCUUCUCACUGCUUUCUCUCAUCAAAGUCACUUUCAUACACUAAAUAGUAAAUGUAAAUGUACGUGCACACAUAUGAAAAUUCAACACGUAGAUUCUUAGAUGUGUCCAAAUAUAAUAUAAUAUAUAAUAAUAUUUGGACACGUGUUGGAUUUUCAUAUGUGUGCACGUACAUUUACAUUUACUAUUUAGUAUUUAGUGUAGUGACUUUGAUAAGAGAAAGCAGUAAGAAGACUUGGGGACAAAACAUGAAGGAACUUUUGGAAUUGUUGAAGCCUGCCAUUUUAUUAUUGUGAAGAACAGAAGUACCACUCCUAGAUGUGUUGGCAGCAUUGAUGUUAAUUUGGACGACUUGUUAAUACGGUUAAUACCCAGAAAAACAAGCAGCGCCCAGUGAGUUUUUACAGGAGGGAGAUAGGGGUGUCCGAGUAUGGCCAAGGGUAGCGCACAGCUAAUUCACCACUAUUAGCUUCCUUUAGCCGACUCUUGUAAAUACAAAGCUAAAGUAAAUGGUUAAAUUGGUUAGAAAAGUAAGAAGUUACACUUGACUUUUACACCAUUAAACUCACUAAAAACAUUACAAGAAAACAAAUAUUCACAUUUAAACAGAUAUUCUGAUAGAACAUUAGCCAAAAAGUCUCCGAGCAUGGGCACAGUUUGGUUAUGUCAAUGAUAGACAUUAUGAUUUCUUAUGUCUGACAAAAUGUUAUGCUGGCUGACAGUUUUGGGCAUUUUCAUUUCUGCUGGGUCUCAUUUGGUGGCAGGUUCAGUUCUAAUUUUUAGUGAACUGCGUUUUCUGUCUUGAACAAAAAUCAAUGUGCUGGGCUCUGACCCUGCUGUGUACCCAGCCUGAGCUCCCUGAUAAUGGAAGAGGAAAAAGGAUUUAAAUAGAAAUUAUAAAAAUUAAAUAAUUCCUUUGUUCUGAAUUAAUUUGCACACUGAAAAUGAACCGUGACUAUCAGCGCUCUGAUGAAGAUUUGUGUGUGUUUUCGUGUGAUUCUGUCCUGUCCUCAGUGAUUUUGUCUUUCUCAGAGGCAGUUACAUCUUAAAUUGUAAGCUCAUACUCACACGUUACAUUUACAUGUUGAUAACUCAUGUUGGUCACAAAUAUGAUGAUUAGUAUUAGUUCUACCCAUAUUUGCACAUUUACUUUACUGUGUUUUGAUGUGUUCACUUGCACAACAGCAAAUGAUUGGAGAUGGAAGCUGAGUUGUUAAUUAUGUACGACACUGGAAUGUGUACAUAAGGACCACAUUUAAAGCUUGUGAUACUAAUGCUAUUAUGGUGCACUUUAAAGCUGCUCAUAAUGUUCCUUAAAGGGCCAACCUUGCUGUACUGUAUGAUUUUAGCACAUUUCAGGUUUAGGCUGUGCUUUCUAAUGAAUAUUCCGAGAAUCAUCAGGUAACAAUGCGUCUAAUGUCAAAGCGAUGUUCCUACCUCAACAGAGCAUGUGUGUCACUCUGUCAAUGAGAAGAACCAUUGUUGAAACAGACCCCCCCU